AUAUUUUCAUGGCUCAAAUUUUAUAACCUGUUUUACAACAUCAUGGCCAAUAAGAUAAAUAGAACAGUUGUAAUUGGAAACUGAUGUAAUAUAACUUAGUUUUAUUUUAUUUUAGUGUAAAAAGUAACUAGAUGGUUUCCAAUCAUGUGCAGAAAAUAGCGAUGUGUUGUUAUGGUCUUCCCCGGAGUUUCUGUAAACAUUCCUGGCGAGUCUGACAAAGUGUGGAGGCAAAUCCCGAAACGACACGUAAUCCUAUUGAGAAUGAGUAUUGUUGGAUACGGCAUCGGCAUGCUGCAGUCAUUUGUAUUCACUGGCAAUCAGGAAUAGUGAGAAAUUUAGCACAUAUAAAGUCUACGUAAAUAUGGGAAAAUAAGUCAGUACGAAAUGGUGUUUUGAGAAGUGAUAACGUCCGGACAAACAACUCUAUUGCGUCAUCCUCAAAAAAUUAUAAAAUAUCAGUAUAUUCAUUUGUUUAUUGGAUUUAUUUAUAAAAUUAUCAAGCCAACUCCGAGAUCAUAAAUUUUUAAAAGUAAUCCAGAAGUUGCUCUGCAGUUUUGAAUUUUUAACCCGCCUCAAAAAUUUCUUAAGAUGAGUACAAAUCCAAUUUCGGUUUUGCAAGAAUAUUUGCAAAAAAAUUGCAAUCCUCUGCCGAAAUAUGACAUGGUCAGCACUUCAUUAGCUAAUUCCUCGUUCACAUUUCGAGUGACCUGCGAUAUUGAAGGUAGACCUUACACAGCCCUUGGUGAAGCUAACAGUAAACAAAUUGCAAAACAUAAGUCAGCUGAAAACAUGAUCAUUUUGUUAAAUCAAAACAAUUGUGCAAUAAAAUAUGGGAAUACUGAUGAACCUUGUUCAUCACCCGAGAAGAAAUCACUCGGGUCAACUGGCAGCAGUCCAUCUCCUAGUUGUUCAUCAGAUUAUUCACCAGAAUUUAAUCCUAUUGGCGCAUUACAAGAAGUCUGUGUAAAAAAAAAAUAUGUGCUACCGAGUUACAGUGAAGGCAGUUAUUCUCAGGGUCAUUCUAAUUUUAAAAUGACUUGUACUUUGGGGACUUACAAAGUUGAAGGUAAAUCGAAUGGUAAAAAAAAACAGGCCAAGUACGAAUGCGCCAGAAAAAUGUAUGAUGAAUUAAAAAAUAUGUCAGAGGAUGAAAAAAAAAAAUAUAAAAUAGUAGGUGACAGCAGUGAAAUGCAAGUUGAUAUUGCAAAUAAUAACAAUAGUAACAAUAGUAACAAUACUACCGCAUGUAACUCGCGAGAAUUAUCGAUCGAUUCACCUGCUUCUACCCAGCACGCUAUUGAAAAAGCAUUAUCGUUAUUUCCCAAAUUAACUAAAAGUCACAGCCUAAUGCCCGAUCCUAAAAAAAUGAAUCUCUCAAAUUAUCAUUCUUAUUUAAAAAGCUCUCUUGAUCACAUUCAACAAAGAAAUUUUUUUGAAUUUUAUCAAACACUAGAUAUACAAAAAAUAAAAAGUGAUAUUGAUAAACUGUCAAUUGUGCUUGAUAAAAUCUGUAGUAUUUUAAAUAUUAGAAAGGAAGAAGCUCUUGUUAAAACUGCGGAUGAUAAAAAUUAUGGAGUUGUGAUUAAAUUGAAAACUGAUCCGGAGUUUUCAGAUGUUGGCAUUGGUAAAACUAUGGGAGAAGCUAGAUUGUCUGCUUUAUAUCGUAUCAUUCGGACAAUUUUUUAUCUAUUAAUGUAAUGUAAAAGACAAUUCGGUGCUCUGUCAAAGUCUUCAUAUCUAUAUUAAUGUUUAAGUUUCUGCGAUAUUGAUGUUAAUAAUUUUUGUUUUUUUCUUCCAAUAAAGUAAGAGACCCAAUACUCUAUCAGGGAACUAGAACCCGAUUACUCAUGUAUUUGUAUGUUUAUAUUUACUAAAUUUUAUUUAAUAUGGAUAUACGAAUACAUGAAGUAAUCGGAGACUAGUUCCCUGAUCAGGUAUUAGUUCCUGACCGGGUACUAGGUCUUUCACCUUCCAAUUUUCAAUACUUAACGAUAUUUUAUAAACUAAAGUUUUUAAUGUCAUAAUAGACGUUAUAACAAAUAAUGUUUGGAAAAUAUUGCAGAAUGUUAAUGAUCAAUUAUUUUAAAAAAUUUAUUAUUAUUAUUAUUAUUAUUAUUUUUGUUUAAAAUAUUAACUGACUGAAAGGUAGUAGUAGCCUUUGAAAUCAGCUUUUUGCCGACGUUUCGCAAACAUUUCAGUUUGCAUCUUCAGGGCUAGGUUUCCCCGAUAUUAAUAUCGGAGCAAUCUAGCCCUGAAGAUGUCGACUGGAAAAUUUGAGAAAUGUCGGCAGGAAGCUGAUUUCCAACGCUGCAAUCACCCAGCAGACAAUUAUAAUUAUUUUAAUUAAUGCCAGAUUAUAUUUUUGCACAAGAUUUUUCAAUUUUUUAGUACUAGAAUAAUUAAUGAUGUUUGUGUUGUUGUUCAAAAAUUUUAGUUACUUUAUAGACUUUAAAUAGGCUAUCAGAUCCGACAAUUAACUGCUGAUCCGCGCACUCGGAUGUUAAAUCUUGGGUAUGUUCUACUCGAAAAUUUAUUUAUGUCAAUCUCAUGAAUUUUUUGGUGAUUUAUAAUGAAAUGAACAAUUUAAUUAGGAGCAUAAUAUUUAAAAAAGAGCUAAUAAAAUUAUAAGUUUAGAUUUAAUGACUUUUUUUUAUGAUAUUUGAAUUGUCGCAUACUUUUUGUUAUUUAUUAAUUAUUAAAUCUUAUAUGUUAAGAUUUUUUUGUUUGAAUAAUUACAAGGUCACAUUUAGAGACAUUGAAUUAAAUUUCCAAUGCUCAAAAUUGAGUAAAAAAUUAAAAAAAAAACAAACAAUUUAUUACUUUAUUUUUAAUUCAAAAUUUUGUUUCACAAAUUAAAUUUUUUUACUUUCAUAGCAAUAAACUGCUGAUAGUUAUUUUUUUUUGGAUUUUAAGUAAAAUGAAAUUUUGUUACCGCUGGUGUAGUAUUGUUGACUAAAAAGUAUUUAAGACCCAUAAGUAUUAAAAGAAAAAGUUUAUUUAAAAGUUACGACGUUGAUAAUUUUAUUGGAAAUUAAUAAAUUUAUUUUUGCCGGGAAUUUAUUUUACUUAUGGGUCUUAAAUCGAAUAAUAUAUUUUCGUUCAGAAAAUCUGCUCUUAAUUUUUUUAUUAUUAUUAUUAUUAUUAAGAAUACAGACUGCGUUUAGUUUCAAACCAGUAGUUAGAGAAAUUUUUUGUUUCUAAACAUGUUUUAAAGACGUUAAUGUAAUAACCAAUAAAAUAUAUUGACUUGAAAAAGUAUGUGAUUAUGUAUUUUAAGAAAUAUUUACUAAUAUAUGUAUAACUAAUAACAAUUGAGAUUAAUUGUGACCACAAAAAUAUUUAAAAGAUUCAAUUUAAACUUUAAUGAAAGAAAUAAAUAUAUGAUAUAUUUAAUAAAUAUACCAACAACAUAUUACAGUUUUGCAUGAUCAUUAUCUACUGGUCCAUUAUCCUUUGACUUUACAAUUGUCAACAAUUAAUGAUCUAAUAAAACUGUGAUAUGUUUUAUAAUACUUAUACAUAUUAUAUGUAUUCUAUGCAUUGAACGGUGAUAGGACAUAAUUAUUUUAAGUUUGAAUAUAAAUACUAUAAGAUUUACGUUUAAAGAAUAUCGUGUUAGAAAAUGUGUAUACUGAUAUAAACUGAGCUCAAUUAUGAGAAAUUUAAUGAAACGAAUUUACAAGAUGACAAAUCAAUUGAUGUAAUUUUAUUUUGUAAUGAAAUUUAAAAAAUUAAAAAACUUGAAAAUGUGA